UGUAUUAUAAAUAAUUGCAAUUUUUUUUAUAUAUAUAAAAUGAUGUUUAACCUUUUCGCGACGGUGCCUCCCGGCCCUUUAAGAGUUUCAGAAGCUGGGAGGCGGUUUUUUAGGGUCACGUGACCGCCAUAAUUCAUCAUCACAUGAUAGGAAAAGGUCCCGAUCAAAAGGGGAGAUCGGGAGCUUUCCGUGAGUUGCGGACAUAUGUGCUGGGAGCGAGCAGGGCUCACGCUCUCAGCACAUAUGUAUUUUCUAAUUGCAUGCAAAUAUGCAGCCGCUCGGCGUCAAGGCCCAGACGC